AUGAUUGUUCCUCUUCAUAAAGUGUUAGCGGCCAUUUGGUCCGUGUUUGUUGAAAUUGAUAUUUUUCCCCGUACAAUCUGUUAUGAUGGCUACGGUUGUUUUACAACAGCCAGACCAUUUAGCGGUACUCUUGAACGCCCAGUGGCUCUUCUACCAAACUCGCCAGAAAAAAUUGCAACUUCUUUCCUUUUAUAUACGAGAUCUACAAUACACAAAGGAGAAAUACUUCAUCGCCAGAUUCAAAAUUUUGGACAUUUUGCUUCUAAUAAAAAGACCAAAAUCAUUAUUCACGGGUUUUUAGACAAUUCAAAUUUAACAUGGGAAGAUGUUAAUCUCAUCAUUGUAAAUUGGACACAAGGAAAUACUUUACCUUACACAAAAGCAGUGGCGAAUGCUCAGAUCGUGGGUAUUGAUGUUGCUCAUCUGAUCGAAACACUUAUAACGAAAACAAAUACAACAUUAGAACGCUUUCAUAUUAUUGGUCAUAGUCUCGGUGCACAUAUAGCUGGCUAUGCAGGCGCACGGCUCCCGGGCAUAGCUCGAAUAACAGGACUUGAUCCUGCUGGUCCUUAUUUUGAAAACACCGAUGAACGUGUACGAUUAGAUCAAACUGACGCUUUGUUUGUCGAUGUCAUUCAUACUGAUGCUAUUGCUCCAUUUGAGCUUUCUCUCGGAAUAUCACAAGCAAUUGGUCACGUUGACUUUUAUCCAAACGGAGGCCAAAAUCAACCAGAAUGUUCUCAAACUGCAGGAAAAAUAUUGAACGGAUUGCUUAAUUAUGCAUUUGAAGACGCCGAAGGAAUUAUUAAAACAACCGUGUGCAGUCACUUUGCAGCUGUUCACUAUUUUACUGAUAGUAUUCUGAAAAACAGCUGUUCGUAUACGGCAUUUUCGUGUUUAAAUUACAAUGCUUUCAAAUCUAAUCAAUGUUUUCUGUUGUGUAAUAAUGAUGCUGGAUGUAAUCAAAUGGGAUACUAUGCCGAUCCGAGCAGAUCACUAGGAAAACAUUAUUUAUAUACACGAAAUAUUGAUCAAAAAAAUUAUUGUGGUAUUUAUCUGUUUGUUUAUCAUUAUCAGAUAGUACUAUAUUCUGAUAGAAAUGGUUUUUUAUCAGCGAGAGGUGAAGCUAUUUUAACUUUUAUAUCAAAUAAAUCAAUGCCAUUAACAAUGUUGUUUGGCAAUGAAAUGCUUACAUACACAAGUAAUUCCAUAAAAACUUGGAUGAUUCCAUUACAAGCUGAGCCAAUUGAUGAACCUAUUCAAGUGAACAUAAAAUUUCGAAAGACAAAAGAAGAUUUAAUCCAUUGGUUCUAUACUGACAAAUGGCGUUUUAUUAAACUGGUGUUUAUAGAUGGACAAAAACAGAUAAAAUACACAUUUUGUCCAAAUAGUUACCCUAGAACACAUACAAUAUUCUUACCUUGUGUAAAUAAUUAA